AUGAAGGUUCUGAUUCUCUUCGCUCUGGGUCUGGUCGCCCUGGCCGCCGCCAUGCCCUCCGACAUCAUCGACUUCGAGGAGGACCACAUGGAGCACGAGCAGAAGGGCGUCCCGGGAACGGCCGUGGAGGGCGAGUACGCGUGGGUCGCGCCCGACGGAAACGAGUACCACGUCAAGUACGUCGCCGACCGCUUCGGUUACCGCGUCGUCGACGACAACGUUGUGCCCAGGAUGCGCAGCGACGCCCCAGAAGCCGAAGAGGACGAUGAUUAGAUAUGAAAUAUGUGAUAUGAAGAAUUAUAUAGUAUUCACGACAAAA